AUGGGAUGGGGCGGGUACGGCCACGACGAACAUGGCUGGAGAAAGGGGCCAUGGACUCCUGAGGAAGACAAGUUGCUGAGUGAAUAUGUGAAGCUCUACGGGGAUGGAAGGUGGAGCUCUGUUUCCAAGUGUACAGGUCUAAAGAGGAGUGGGAAGAGUUGCAGGCUGAGGUGGGUGAAUUACCUUAGGCCUGGACUUAAGAGAGGCCAAUUAACACCUCAGGAGGAAGGCAUCAUUAUCGAACUCCAUGCUCUCUGGGGAAACAAAUGGUCGACCAUAGCGAGUUACUUGCCAGGAAGGACGGACAACGAGAUAAAGAACUACUGGAGGACCCAUUUCAAGAAAAGAUCAAAACCAUCAUCGCCAGCAGAUGAGAUCACUGGUCAUCAUCGAAAGCGACCAAGAUCAGCACCAUCCGCAGCCUUUCCUCGCCAUUAUGAUCAUCAGCAGCAGACCAUCGUCAUUAACAGCGACCAGUCGUCGCCAUCGGCGGCAACAGACGAUAAUAACCAACUGCAAGAGCAGAUCCAGCUGGUGGCGGAUCCACUACUGGCUGUUGAUUGUCAGAAGCAGAAGCAGCAGGAGGAGGACAAGAAUUCGACGUGUGAGAUGAUGAUGAAUCCGGGGAAUUACAACCAAUGGCCGGCGCAGCAAUAUCAACUCGUUCCGGCGGCGUUUGGUUCUGGUCCGAUCGUUGAGGAUUGGCUGUGGAGCGGGUUGUGGAAUUUCAACGACGCCAUCCAGUGA